GUAUGUGCCCGGUGUCGGGAUGAUGCUGAGUCGUUUAAUGAGCGGCAGCAACCGCAGUCUGGACCUGCCCUGCGUGUGCACCGUACGGCUGCUGGACGACUCGGAGUAUACGUGUAACGUGCAGAGAGAUGCAAAGGGGCAGCAACUGUUUGACCUGCUGUGUCACCACCUAAAUCUGCUGGAGAAAGAUUACUUUGGAAUCCGCUAUGUGGAUCCUGACAAGCAGCGGCACUGGUUGGAGUUUACAAAGGGGAUAGUCAAACAAUUGAGAGCUCGCCCUCCAUAUAUCCUGUGCUUUCGAGUUAAGUUUUAUCCCCCAGAUCCAGCUGCUCUGAAAGAAGAAAUCACCAGGUAUAUGGUUUUCCUGCAAGUAAAGAGGGAUUUGUACCAUGGGAGGUUACUCUGUAAGACCUCGGACGCUGCUUUGCUCGCAGCCUAUAUACUGCAGGCCGAGAUCGGGGAUUAUGACCCUGGCAAACAUCCAGAGGGCUAUAGCUCCAAGUUCCAGUUCCUUCCCAAACACUCAGAGAAGCUGGAGCGCAGGAUUGCGGAGAUUCACAGGAAUGAGCUCAGUGGUCUUUCCCCUGCAGCUGCAGAACUCAGUUUUCUGAGGAAAGCGCAAACCCUCGAGACAUACGGAGUGGAUCCUCAUCCGUGUAAGGAUGUCUCGGGGAAUUCUGCUUUUUUGGCCUUUACCCCAUUUGGCUUUAUAGUGUUGCAGGGCAAUAAAAGAGUUCAUUUUAUCAAAUGGAGUGAUGCGGCCAAAAUGAAAUUUGAAGGCAAAACAUUCAAUUUAUAUGUGAGAGAGAAAGAGGAGAAGAGGCUGGUGCUCACGUUCAUCGCUCCAACCCCCGAGGCCUGCAAACACUUGUGGAAAUGUGGAGUGGAGAAUCAGUCCUUCUACAAGCUGGAGAACUCCAACCAGGUCCGCACAGUGUCAAGCAGCAACUUAUUUUUCAAAGGCAGCCGCUUCAGAUAUAGUGGCCGGGUUGCUAAAGAAGUGAUGGAAUCAAGUGCAAAAAUCAAGAGAGAGCCACCUGAAAUACACAGGGCUGGGAUGGUGUCAAGCCGCAGUUGUCCCUCAAUCAGUCAUGGAAUGAGGUUGAGCAGUGUACCUCGGACGCGUAGGAGAGCCGUGCACAUAUCCAUCAUGGAAGGUUUGGAAUCUCUCCGUGACAGCGCACACUCUACUCCUGUCCGUUCCUCUGAAAAUAUUGAUGCUUUCUCUCCUCGGUUUUCUCGGGAGGCUGUGUUCAGCGAUGAUGCUUACACACCAUGCGCCAGCAUACUCCCCACUCCUGUAUGUGAACCCAAUCAGGAACCAGUGUUUGGACAGCAGGUGAACGGCACUCCAUAUACCACCCAAGAUGAGGAGAGCGAUGUGGCUGUCCAUAGUAAUCCCGACACCGAAGCCCUUCCUCCUGCACUUCCUGGGCCAGAGGUAUCCGGUCAGAGCGAAUCCGAACCGGAGCAAGGAAACAAGUUUCUGCAAAGUGUUCUUCGGCUGCUAGCGGUCACAUUUUGUCUUCUUCUUGCACUGCUCCUGCUGCUUGUCAUAUUGGCCGAGUCUGACCUGGAAUUAGCAUUUUUGAGGGACAUUCGGCUCACUCCUGAAUUCCAACAGUUCCACUAUCAAUACUUCUGUCCUCUGCGCAGAUGGGUGUCUUGCAAACUGCACCCUCUCAUCCGCCUCAUAGACUCCUGAACCCUUGCAGGAUGCGCAAAGUGGUCCUCUGUAACGUCGAGGAGUGAUGUCUUCCAGCGUCUUCCCUUCCCCACCUUAAAAACAUUUCCUGACUUGGGGGUGGGGAGGGGGUAAAAUAAUGCUCUACUGAGAAUUCUGUAGUUGUGUGUGUGUGUGUGAUUGGAUUGGGAAAUGGAGCCAAGUUAAAAGGGGCAGAAGUGCAUCUUGGUCAUUACAAUAUCUGCAUGGGGAUGGGGUUGGGGUCAAAUUUGCUCUGUGGUCCCUGUAAGCUUUGCACCUCCACCAUGUGGACUUCCCACAUUUAUGCUUGUUCAGCUCCAGGGAAAAAAUGCUCAAUGAAGAAGACAUUUAAACUUAUAGAUCACUGCUCCCAUUACAUGCGACCAAAUAUUGAGCAUGCUUCAUCAGCAUCGACUCAAAACAACAGGUAUAUGGCAGAUCCUCAUAAUGAGAAAACAUAAGUCUCCACAAGUUGUUAGCAGGCAUGCAAUGGCACGCUCUUCCGUGAAGUAACUUUAUUUAAUCCAUGGAAUUGCAGAGGCAUACGCUAUAUCUACCUGCCGUUUAUGUUAGUAUAUCCAAAAGAAAUAAUAA